CAAUACCCACCCCCAGGUUCGAAUUUCCCAGCCAUAUCUAGCUUUUUUUUUCUAACUUGGUUGAUCAUCAUUCAUUCCCGUCACAUGGUGAAAUCUGGACCGUCGUCUAAAAGCGCCGAGGCCCAGCUGCUAGGUGUCAGGGCUGAAGCUCCGAUGCGCGGCAGCUCUGGCUCAGCUCAGCUCCUCUCUGAUAUGAGAACGAAACUAGGAACGUCGUCGUUGAAGCAUCCCCAGUUCCUGCCCAGCCCUGCCCAGAAUGCACUCAAGCGGGGUCAACACGUGUGUAGCAAGCGUAAAAGGGAGAAGCGAUGAAAGAACCAACCUUAGAGACCCCCGCGUCAAAUCUCCAAAGAAUUCACAGGAGAGGGGUUUUCUUCUCUGCGCUUCAUCCGCUUACGAACAAAACAGGAAGACGUACAGAUAUGCCGAGUCGUUCUCUUGCAUGUACAUCCGGCAACCUCGAUGGACAAAUAUCUUUACAUUGAGAAAGAAGGAAAUACGGCAUGCGUCUCCUCCUCCCACGUCGCUUCCGUCAAGUAUCUUGCAAGGACCAAGGGAAAGCGUGUGCGAGUGUAGGUGUACGUACCUUGAAGUUCCGACUUCCAAGAAUGUAAACCACGAUCCGGGGUCGACCAUCGACAUCGAAGUCUUCUUCAGUUUUACCGAGAUUUCAAAUCGUGGAAUGUGGUUCCUUGCGUCAGGUGCUGCUUCCUUUCUUUACCUUGCGCUCCCUGCCCCCCCCUCCUCCUCCUCCUCCUCCUCCUGCUUUCCCUGAAUGCGUGAGGAAAUAGAGCUCUCCCCAAACCGCAGUGGAUCCAACCAUGGCAGGAGAAUGAGACUUCCAGCAAAACAUCGGUCCCCCAUUUCCCCUACAUCAUUUCUUUCCAUUCAAUGAUACCAAAGCUUCUUCUUGCGUUUGGUUUCUUCCCACUCCCUUACCUCACUAUCCCUUCAUUUCUUC